AUGUCCGACAUUGACGACAUCUUAAUGGAGGACGCGAACGCCAAUAUUAAUGAAUUAAUGGCCCUGAGGGCUGAAGUUCUAAUAUUGCGUAAAAAACUAUCAGAACCACAGUCCUCAGAGCCAUUGCUGCCAUUAGGGCAGCUCAUGCCGUCCGCCCAACCAGCGGCGACGAAGCCGCUCGGACCAGCGGCGACGCAACCGCCCGAACCGGCCGCACCGGGACCAGCGGCAACGCAGCCGCCCACGCCGGAACCACCGGCCUCAGAAGAAAAACCCAGACGCUGGCAGAAAAGCCGCCACAGCAGACACGCUGGAGAACGCGGUGGCCGCGGAGGCCGCGGAGGACGCGGAGGCCGCGGAGG